AUGAGUCUACCAUACAAACAUAAACAUCAACAAUAUCCAAAAUAUCUGAGCCAGCAAGCAGAGUCGCAAGGAAUAGAACCGAAUACACAUGUACGACUGAUACAAGUACCAACAUUUGAGCCAAUUCAGUCGCAUGUACCGUCAAUUCUUCCUAAUACUGGUGUUUUCGGGGAGACCGUAUUUCCUACAAGUGAUCUGAACGACAGUCAAACGCAAUACCAAGGUAACCAUAGGAGCUAUGCCAGCUCAGGUAAUAUAUUUCACGCAGAGGAGAGUAAUCCAGUAUUACCUACAUUAGGAGGAUCAAUUGAUCAAAAUAUGCAAUUUCUGUACCAAAACCAUCCAGGCCACAGUUCAUAUCCCAACGUACUAGAUUACGCUUCCUUUAUUGGAAAUCCCACUCUAAUGACGCAGUCCACUCAACUGUAUCCAUAUAACCUAGAUCAACCAACCGAACUGUUUCAGAAAGUUCCUAUCCAAUCAGCAAGAUCUUAUGAUUCUUUUGAUUUUAAGUCGCCAAAUUUAAGGUUCCCACCUCAAUAUCAACAAAUAAAAUCAGGAGAUUCUGAAAUUCCAACUUUUUCAGCUACCAUUGACAUGGCUACAGGAUUGAAUGCAAAUAAAGCCACUUCAAAGAGCCACUUCAAGCCAACCCAAACGAAGCGAAAUGCGAGACCAAGAAUUAAUAAACUUAAUAAGAGUGAUCCUCUUCUUCUGAGAAUCAAUGUGAAGAAACCCAAGCUUUCACAUUCAAUGAACAUGAUGGCUGAAUUAUCAACUGAUGAAUUAUUUAAGCAUUUUCAGGAUACACUAAAGAUAGAGAAACCCGAUGGAUCUCAAAGAGCGUCUUUCUAUUUGAGAAUGCAAAACGAAUUAGAAAGACAACUCUUUGAUUUAUUUGUCAAUCAUUUGUCAAAAUCGAUAGACAUAUUUUUUCCCCAAGAAGUGUUUCGGAAAGUUAUCCCCGAAUUAGCUGUAUACGACGAAACUAAUAUGAUAGUGUGUUCUAUAUUUUGUUUAAGUUCGUUGAUGCUCCAGAGAAUUAAUCCUGAUAAGUUUGACCUGUCAAUAACGAUUAGAUAUUAUCAUCAAACAAUCACAUCUAUAAGACACUAUCUUAGUAUUCCUGAGAUUGAACAAAAGGAUAAAGGUAUCAUGCCCAGAUGCUUAUUGAGUACGAUUUUAUUAUGUAUAUACGAAUUAUUUUUUGUGUCUAUCGAUAGCACUUACAUUAAGGGGGCAUCAAGUAUAUUGUCAUCGAUUUUAAUGAAGAAUGGUGGUAACAAAAGCUUGCUUAAGGAUUCUCCAUUUUAUCAAACCUGUUUUUGGCCCAUGUUAUUAUGUGAUUUGAUAUUUUCUUUGAAGUAUAAUUCACCAAGCAUGUAUUCUAUCGAAACCUUUUGGAAGCCAUUGGACCCUGAGUACUUUGAAUUAUAUGGCGAUUUUUCUUCUUAUGGCUCUUCUAAAACUGAAAAUGAAGCCGAAUUGGUAAAACUAACUAGUACUAAGGUAAAUACUACGUGGUGGAUACAUAAAUCUAUCAUUGACUUCAGCUCCAUAACCAAAUUCAAGAAUGAGAUUACAGUUUUAACUAGAGAAGACUUCGAAUCUAACAGACCAUAUCUAGAAUGGUUAGAUCUAAAGAAAAACCUUGACAUUUUUGAGAAGCAAAUGCCUUUGACAAUAAAACCAACAAUAUAUAAAUCCUGCUCGCCUGAUAGACUCUUUCCUAUAAUAUACUUCAAAGACGAAGCAACAGCCAUAAUUGGCUUGAACUACAAGCUUGCAAAAAUAAUGUUGUACGAGGCCUUGAUCCAAAAAACAAACCUAGCUGAUCCUCUACCAAAAGCUGAAUUCAUGAAAUAUCCAAAACAAUAUCCCGUGAAGUUGGCGAAGGACAUAAUAGGCAUAAUCAAAACCUAUGAUGCUAACUUGUCAGUUUGGACAGUAAACGCGCAUGCUCUAAGAUCUGUUGCUCAUUAUUUGCAAGAUGAACCAGAAGCAUCCAGAGGAUUAGAAGAGCUAGUAGAGAGACUUGUGUCUAUCUGUCAUUUGUGCAUCUAG